AUGGCUGCCACAAACUUCCCACCAGACGAGUUUGAUGAUCAGUUUCUGACUUGUGACGUCUGCAAGAGCCUCUACAACGACCCGCGAGUCCUGCCGUGUCUUCACACCUUCUGUGCCAGGUGUUUGGAAAAAUUAUGUUAUCUAUUCGCCUGUCCUACCUGUCAGCAGCAGGUGAGUCUACAUGGAACAGAUGUCACAAGUCUACCUCCAAACUUGUACAUCAACAAAUUGCUGGACUUUAGAGCCCUGCAUAACAGCAAGAAAGCUCGUGCUGUUUGUCAGAUGUGUAAGUCCGGGACCAGGGUAGAGAGCAUAUGCGGGGACUGCAGACUUCUGUUAUGUGGAAACUGCCUUACUGGCCAUAGAAACUCUCCUGUCCUGAAGGACCAUUACAUCAUCACUCUGCAUGACCUGAAGAACCCCAGCAGCAGGCCAAAGUUCACCUGGGCCCAGUACUGUCCUCAGCACACCGACCAACGCAUGAACUUUUACUGCCAGCCCUGCGCCAAGCUCGUGUGCCGAGACUGCACCGUUACAGAGCACCCAAAAGGACCAGAUCACGACCCACAGGACGUUAGUAAGGCCGCACAAGAGUUUAAAGCCGAACUACAGACAUUACUGCAGAAAGCCCAGGACACAGCUGACGAUCUGAAGAAAACCACCAGCGCUGUCGGCAAAGAACUUACAACCAUUGCACCAAACUACACAAGAGAAAUCAGCGAGGGCGUUUUUGAAGCAGACUGGAGGCCACAAGUAUCAGGGAAGCAUGUGGUACGGGUGAUCACAGCCACAGGGUCAGGAGAGGAAGGUACAGUGGGUAUGGGUACAGGGGAUGUGGGUACAGGGGGUGGGGCUACAGGGGGUGGGGGUACAGGGGGUGGGGGUAUAGGGGGUGGGGCUACAGGAGGUGGGGCCAGAGGGGGUGGGGGUAUAGGUCGAGGGGGCAAUCUGUUUUCUCCUCUAACAGUAGAUGUCUGCAGUAACAGCCCCGUAUUAAGGUUUGGGCAGAAGGGCAGCCAGCAGGGGCAGUUUGACAGGCCUACCGAUGUAGCAGUCAGCGGGGACAGGCCCUAUGGUCUGGCAGUACAGAGGGAUGGGAGGGUUGUUGUAACUGAUAAGCACAAACACAGCAUCUUCCUGUUUGAGGCGGAUGGGACACUGGUGAAACAGGUGGGAGGGCAGGGGAUGGGGGAGGGGCAGUUUAGCUAUCCAGAUUUCGUUUGUGUUGAUAAAGAAGACAACAUCAUUGUGGCAGAUAAAGACAAUAACCGUGUUCAGGUGUUUGACAAGAAUCUGAACUUCAAACACAAGUUUGGUUAG